UGGGUUUAUGGGAGGACGCUGGGAGAAACAUUCCUGUCAUAGUUUCGGGACACUUCUCCAGAGUAUAUAAAAGGAGAUGGGCAGAGCAAACACUCCUCAACUCACCGUCAGGUCUGAAGAUGAUGUGGAGAGUCUGUGUCGGGAUCCUCUGCGUGUCGCUGGUGUCGGCCUCGUGCCCCAAGCGCUGCCGGUGUCCCCUUGGAGUGGUCCCAUGUGCAGCGGGAGUCAGUCUCACGCUGGACGGCUGUGGCUGCUGUAAGGUUUGUGCCCGGCAGCUCUUUGAAGACUGCAGCAGCAUGCAGCCAUGUGACCACACGAAGGGACUGGAGUGCAACUUUGGAGGGGGAUUUGAUUCUGCUAAGGGCGUCUGUCGAGCUGUAUCGGAUGGAAGAACGUGUGAGUACAACAACAAGAUUUACCAGAACGGCGAAAUCUUCCGUCCAAACUGCAAACACCAGUGCACCUGCAUGGAUGGCGCAGUCGGGUGUGUUUCCCUGUGCCCGCAUGAGCUCUCGCUGCCCAAACUGGGCUGCGCCACACCCCGGCGGGUCAAGGUGCCGGGUCGGUGCUGUGAGCAACUCGUCUGCCCCAAGGAAUCAAAGCCGGAGAGUUCCCCAGGGAAGAAGCACAGAAAAAAGGGAAGCAAAGACGAAGUGUCUGACGACGACCUCAACAGCAAGAAUGAGUUGGCCCCUGUGUGGAGAGAGGAAUCAAAGCCAUUAGCUGCUUUCAGGAGUCACCCAAUGGGCCACACGGUUGCCAAAGGAGUCAAGUGUGUGUCUCAAACUUCGGCCUGGUCUCCCUGCUCCAAAACCUGUGGCGCGGGGGUGUCCUCCAGGGUGACCAACAGCCAUACUCAAUGCAAACUGAUGAAAGAGUCUCGGGCCUGUGAAGUCCGCCCGUGCAACCUAAUGACCUUCUUCAAAUCGAAGAAGGGUCAGAAAUGCAUUCCCAUGGAAAAGGCCAGUCGCCCAGCCAAACUGUCCUUCGCAGGCUGCCGUAGCCUUAAAAAGUUCCAGCCCAGAUACUGCGGGUCUUGCUCGGACGGGCGAUGCUGCAGGCCUCACCGGACCCAGACGAUGCCUGUGCGCUUCCGAUGCAGAAAUGGAGAAACCUUCAGCAGGAUGGUGAUGAUGAUUGAGUCGUGCAAGUGUGACCUCAACUGCUCCGGCAGCAGAGGAAAGAAACCCGCCCUCCACAGACUUUUUAAUGAUGUACACUAACUUAAAAAUGGAAAAUCACCCAUUCUUUUGUGGAGACAACAUCCACUAAGUGUUGAGUGACAGAACAAAAUGACUGUGAGGUUGCAGACACCUGACGGGAUGAAUUGAGGGAACGAUAUUGUUCGGGCUCUCGCUUCAUAACACUGGAGCCUUUGAGUUUGCUUCUUUGUGAAGCUGCUUUUUUUACAUUUACCAAAGUUAUUAUUUUUCUAGUUAAACCAAAAUUGAUUGUACCUUCUAUUGACAUAAAUAUUUAAACCUCUAUUGACAAGACAUUCCAGAUGUUUGCAUUGAAACGAUGUAAAUAAUAAUGGCAGCUACUAAAUAAUUAAUUACACUAAAUGUUGCUUUGUUUGUUUUGAUUUUCUGUAUUUUUUUCAUUGUAUUUAUAAGACUCUGUAUUUUCAUAUUUCACUUAAUGUAUUCCUGUAUUUAAUCCUGGAUUACUGUACAAUAAUAUCGCUUGGGCAUCCCGUUCUCUGCCUUUGCUUGUUAAUGCAAAAUGUUAAAAUAUAACUUAAGGCCAGGCAAACUGUACAUUAUGAAAAUGGCCAAUUAAAUGUCUAAUCUUUUUCUGAUAUUGUGUCUGCAAUUUGAUGAUUCAGUUCAUUUUCCACAAAUAAACGCAAGG